AUGACACCCGAAAUCCGUGGACACUGGGUCAGCGCUGGAUCCGUUAGCGGCGGACCGUUACCUGUCUUCCGGGCUCGGUAUAUCCUCGCCGCCGAAGGGUAUUCAUCGCGUUCCUUCAUCCGAUUCCUGACUGCUCCAGGAACAGAAGACGUAGAAGGCAGCAGAAGAGACCAGAAUGACUAUGUAGUGGAGACGCGUAGCGGCCACAGAGCAGCCGAGACCUUGACGAAGCUGUCAACCGUUGUCAACUCUCUAAUCUAG